GAAAUAGACAGACGGUUGGAAAAGAAGCUGAAGAUCACACAGAAAGAAAGAGUUGAGUCUUUUAGACUGGAUGUAGCUCCAGCUGUGGGGAAACCAUGUAAGAAAAAGACAUUCAAAUCCAAAUCUCCUCCUAAAGUGCCCAUCGUGAUUCAGGACGACAGCCUUCCCACAGGUCCUCCCCCACAGAUCCGUAUCUUGAAGAGGCCGACGACCAACGGCGUGCUCAGCAAUCCCAACUCGGCCAGCAGACCGGCCUUCCCCGUCAAAUCCUUGGCGCAGAGGGAGGCGGAGUACGCGGAAGCCAGGAAACGAAUAUUGGGCAGCGCGAGCCCCGAAGAAGAACAGGAGAAACCCAUUCUAGAUAGGCCGCCAAGAAUCUCUCAACCAGAAGACACCAGACAACCCAAUAAUGUGAUUAGACAACCCCUGGGUCCCGAUGGCUCACAAGGCUUCAAACAACGCAGAUAA